AGAGGGGAGCCAGGAUGCUGGGCGUGCAGGGGGGAGUGAAUGCCCCUGGCACCAUCUGUUUCCCGGGCAGCUCUGUGGUGAUGGAUGUAUUCCAGAAGGUGGAGAAGAUCGGAGAGGGCACCUAUGGAGUGGUGUAUAAGGCUAAGAACAAGGAGACAGGGCAGCUGGUGGCCCUCAAGAAGAUAAGACUGGAUUUGGAGACUGAAGGUGUCCCAAGCACCGCCAUCAGAGAAAUCUCACUGCUCAAAGAACUAACACACCCCAACAUCGUCAGGCUGCUGGACGUGGUGCAUAAUGAAAAGAAACUUUACCUGGUGUUUGAGUUCCUCAGCCAGGACCUGAAGAAAUACAUGGACUCCACCCCUGCCUCCGAGCUCCCCCUGCACUUAGUUAAGAGCUACCUCUUCCAGCUGCUGCAGGGGGUGAAUUUCUGCCACUCGCAUCGGGUCAUCCACCGCGACCUGAAGCCUCAGAAUCUGCUCAUUAAUGAGCUGGGAGCUAUCAAGCUGGCAGACUUUGGGCUGGCUAGAGCUUUCGGGGUGCCUUUGCGUACCUACACCCAUGAGGUGGUGACACUGUGGUAUCGAGCCCCCGAGAUCCUCUUGGGCAGCAAGUUCUAUUCGACUGCUGUGGACAUCUGGAGCAUUGGUUGCAUCUUUGCUGAGAUGAUAACUCGCAGGGCCCUGUUUCCUGGCGACUCGGAGAUUGACCAGCUCUUUCGGAUUUUUCGGACCCUGGGGACACCCAGUGAAGCCACAUGGCCAGGAGUCACCCAGCUGCCUGAUUACAAGGGCAGUUUCCCCAAGUGGACCAGGAAGGGACUGGAGGAGAUCGUACCUAAUCUGGAGCCAGAGGGCAAGGACCUGCUCAUGCAACUCCUGCAGUACGACCCCAACCAGCGGAUCUCAGCCAAGGUGGCCCUCUCCCACCCGUACUUUUCCUCCGCCGAGUCCUCUCCAGCCCCAAGCCAGCAUAUGCUGGAGCGGUUUUUCCGUUGA